AUGUUCGCGCUAAUACUAUGGACCGGUUAUAAUACCACGAGCACGAUCGAUAUCAAUCAAUUAGUACCUGAUAAAGAAGAAGGGGAAGAAACUAUGGCCAGAUACAGCGAUGGAAAAUUGUAUCAAGUAAAAAUUAUUCGCAAAAAUGUUGAUAAACACUAUCUAAGAUCUCUAGCUGUGAGCACUGAUGGAGAACUAAUUCUAAGAAAAGGCAACUCCCAAAAAAAGAUAGCUUUAUGUAAACAAAAAUACUUGAAGCAGAAAUUGAUUCUUGAGAAAAAUAAAUUGGAAGGAAAAAAACAAGCUACUAAUGUAUCAUUAUUAGACUCUAAAAGUGUUUUUCAAGAUUCUGAUAGCGAAAAAGAAGAGAUUCCCUCGCAUGCAGAAUUGGAUGGCGAACGCAACGGCGAGUCGUCAAAAAGAAAGCAGGCAAAAUUGGAUGGUGAAGGCGACGGUAAUUUUGACAGAAUUCUCGAUGACUCUGACAGUAAUGAGGAUGAUGAUUAUGGGAAUGGCAACAGCAAAGUUCGAAAUAACGAUAGCACAGUUGAUAAGCGUAUUCCACUUCUUCACUCAAGGCAUGAUCGAGAUCGAAAUGUACAGAUUCAGAGAGAAACGUUGUAUCAAUCUAAUGAUGACGGCAGAAUAGAAGAUGCUCAGAGCCGCUUAUUAAAACAUGCUGGAAAUCAGAAACAAACGUUCGCAUCGGACAUGUCUGACGAUGAGCGCGACAAGGAGAAGGAAAAGGAUCCGCUUGUUGAUAGCAGACACUCAAAACGAGAUCAAAACGACGACAGUGAAAGUGAUGAUUCCAUUGUUGAGAGGAGCCGCUUGAAUCUUGCUCGAGGUCGAAAUGCACGGAAAUCGAGGCGAAUUUCUACGUCGGACGAGUCUGAGGAUGACGGGGAUAAGGAAGAUGAUCCGCUUGCUAAUAGCAGAUUAUAUAAACCUGGAAAAGUUUUGAUAUCUGAAGAUUUUCCCGAAGUAUGGAUAAAUAAAACCGAUUUAACGUGUUUAUUGAGAUGGAGAAAUAAGCCGAAAGAAAUGGGGAAGGACUUCCAAAAAAAAGCGAUCACAGAGGACAUCACUGCCUGUAUUGAGUACUAUGUCAACAAAAAAUGUCCAGAAGGACUUACUCCAGCGCAGUUUACUACUGUCGCCAACUACCUGAUUGGUUCAAUACGUCAUCCCAAAAAAUGA